UUUUCCAACCGUUUGUUUAAAAAUGGCGACUAAGGGAGUCAGUGUUUUUGCUAUACCAAGUUUGUUUCAAACUUCAACCUCUGCAGUGAUACGCCAUCUUGAUAGUUACGAGGAAAGUCUGUGCGACACACCUGAAAACAUCAAGCAAGCUGUACUUCGUUUAAUGAGCAAGAGAGGUCUGAUCACAGACCACAAUAUUGAAAAGGUGCUGUAUUCACGGCUGCUCUCCCUUGAUUUGAGCAUCAGCCAGGUUUCAGAUGAAUGUCUCUUUAAGCUGACUCGCAUGAAGCAGUUGUGUAAAAUAGACCUCAAUUCAUUCAAAGAAGUCAACACUGCAAUAACAUCAGCAGGUAUUGUGAGCUUAUCCAAGUCCUGUCCAAACCUUCAAAUUGUCUACCUGAGGAGGAACAUCAAUCUCACUGAUGAAGGUGUCAUAGCUCUGUCAAUCAACUGCCCCAAACUGCGUGAGCUUAAUGUGGGUGGGUGUCAGCUUCUAACAGAUGCUUCACUGGUGGCGCUGGGCAAACAUUCAUAUCACCUCAAGUCACUGAAUAUCACAUGCACUCAGGCAACAGAUGCUGGAAUAUACAGUAUGUGUCAAGGUCACUCCCCACAAGUUCUUUCAGAAAUUGACAUGAGUGGGUGUAAAGAGUUAACAGACGAGGCUGUUGAAACCCUGAUCAUGUUGUGUCCUCUCAUCAAGAUUUUACUGUUUGCACGUUGUCCUAAAAUAACAGAAAAUGCAAGGCUUGCACUAGAAGAGAAAUUGUUAACAGCUGAUGGUGCAAAAAUGAAGCAAGUUUCCUGGACGAUUUAUUAACUUGCUACUCGAACCCAGACAGUUGACUGCUGCAGGACUGAUGCAGCUCUUGCAGCCACUUACCUCACUGCUCACUUGGUUGCUGUUAGCUGUAUACUGGGUGCUAUUCAAAUAUAAAGAAAUAGCAUUUCCAUAUGUGAUGAUAUUUGAAAGUAAAAUUUGACAUGAAUAAUAUGGAGUUAGUGCCCUGUCAUUGUUGAAAGUGUUGAAGUUUGAUUCAGGUGGUAUGAAUUUUAAGGGGGCAAAUUAUUAUUUUAUGGGACAAAAACAUCUAGUGCAUUUUUUUAUAGUGACAUAGUUUUAUGGUUGUUUUGAUAAGUGCUACUUUAGGAAUGUUUACAAAUGUAUAUAUGUACAUUACUGCUUGGUUGGAUUGUGAGAAGCUGGUUCAGGCAUCUUACCAUUCUUGUACAAUGAGUUUUUAUAUUGUCUAAUUUUAUGCUAUUUCUAUUCCAGUUUAUUGCAUGUUUUAUACCAUGCCAUUUAUCUUGGAUUUUUUUGUCAAUUUUAUUUCUAUUUAAUAAAUGCUUCUAAACCAUAUAAUA